AUGUCAUCUCUGACUGGAAGAGGAGAGAGAUUUCCUGCCUCUGUGCGAGGAACACACUGGAGCUCAGAAGUGCAGCAUCACUGUGAGUCUCUCGGCUUUUCUGCGAGUGUUACCGGGAAAGACUGCAAGGAGCGCCCCACUCCUGAGGGUGCCGGAGGGUCCAGAGGCGACCCGCAUCGGAAUAUGUGCCAGAGAGCAGACGCUGUCCCGUCAUACAAGUCUCUCCCUGGAUCCGUCGGAGAUCGCAUCAGGAGUACCCUGUCCUUUGGAAGUGGGACAAUAUGUAGAGGCACCAUGUACGCGAACCCAGGCUUUGGGAGGUCCGACAGGAAAGUUGCGUGUUGCGAGAAGUGCUCAGCGACCCUUGUUGCUCUGAAGAAACAAGCGCUCACCCUGGCUGUGCACCAUCACUUCUCGUGCAAGGACUCUAGUGAGCUGUCUGUGUUUCUCCAUGACAAUCUUCGCGUCCACGGUCGGUCCACCCAUGAAUCCAGGGACAGAGAAAGGGAUCAGGGCGAGUGCGGAGCCUGUGGUGUGAACCUGAACCAGCUCAAACAAGAGGCCGUCCACUUGGCUCUGAGCAGGGGUCAGUCAUUAGCUAAGCCUCCCUUUGAACACAGCUUUAGCACCGGUACACUGCUGGGACAAAGUGAGACAAAGCAUGGAGACAGAGCGCCAAGGGAAGCUGCAACGGCUGUGCAUCAACCACGCAGUCGCACCCACAGUCCUCACAGUCCCAGAAGUCCGAGGACGCCUCAGAGGACGCCCCAAACCAUCAGACGGAGGGGGCCCAAGCUCCCAAACCCCGAUAUGGACCGCUGGGUAGAGGAGCAGCAACAGCUGACCACCUCUAAAUCUACGUCCAGCACUGAUGGUGUCACCAUGUACUCUUACCAUAAGGCUGCAGAUGAUGCUGCACUGAGCUGUGGUAACGUUGGGACUGUCCAGACAAGCUCAAAGAUCCCUCACAUAUCCAGAGUAGUGACCAUCGCCAACACUGCUGCAAUGUCCCUUUUAGCCAGGGCAGCCGAGAAGCUCAACCUGACGUCGAGGAAAAAAGGCCAGGCCUCUGAUCCAGCUCCCGCUCAUUUCUCCACCUGCUUCAGGGAGAUCAUCCAGAAAAACCCACCGCCCGUCCCCUCCUGCCUGCUCCAAGCUGCCACUAGAACCAAAGACUCGCCCAAUGUUGGCAAGGUCAAAGUCGUGCUGAGGGUGAGCCCAAUGCGGUCAGAAGGCCACGGCCAUCCACCUGCUCUCCAGAUUGACCCAUCCAAGAAAAGAGUCACCAUAAUGGAACCAGUGAGCAAAAGCCAACAACAUGCUACGAUGACGCUUGGCAGAGAUGGCAAAACUCAUCUGAAGACCGUCAACUUCGACGCUGCCUUUCCUCAGGAGUCAAGCCAGGCCGAGGUGUGUGCAGGCGUCUUGGCUGAUGUCAUCCGCUGUGUGCUCAGCGGCAGCGAUGGAUGUGUUCUGGGUUUGGGAUGUGCUGAUGUGGGCUCCUGGUCCAGCAUGGUGGGGAGUGGUGAGAGCAUUGAGAAGCUCGGGGUGGUUCCCUGUGCCAUCUCCUGGCUGUACAGCGCCAUUGAGCGGCGGAGGGAGAAGACCUGGACUGAUCUGACAGUAUCGGUGUCUGCUAUAGAGCUCUGCUGUGGAGAAGAGGACACGCUGAGGGAUCUGCUGGGGGAGGUUGUCCCCUCAUUAGGCAGUGUCCAGGACAGCCCAAAAGCCCAUAUUAAACUCCAGGAGGACCCCGUCUAUGGGAUACAGCUACGUAACCACAAUCGGGUGAAGGCCCCCACUGCUGAGCGGGCAGCCUCCCUCUUGGACGCGGCAAUUGCAGCACGUCGACACAAUGACUUCAUAACAUACCUGUCCCACAGCUCCAUAAUGUUCUUCACUCUCCACAUCCAGCCCCCACGAACAGAAAGCAGCACCACUGGCAAAGGUUCACGCGGUGCCACUAAGUUGACCAUGAUAGAUGUGUGUAGUGGUAUAAGGGGUAUGAGCAAGAACAAACCUCCAUAUUCUGAGCUGGGCCCUGUUGUCUUGUCUCUACUAAGUGGACAUAAAACCAUCCCCAACAAGGGCAGUAAGUUGACUAUGCUCCUUCGAGAGGCCUUGGGCCACGUGAACUGUCAUACCACAGUGAUCGCUCAGGUUGAUGAUUCAUUGGCACAUCUUCAAGAGACCCUAUCCACCAUCCAGCUGGCUUCUCGCAUUCGCAGGACACAGAAGAGAACAAAGCAGUCCUCUUCAUGUUCUCCUUGUGGAAGGAGUUUGACUAAAGAGAAGAGAGAGCCUCCAUCUUUUUCCCUGCGGGCGUUCCACUCCACUGAUGAGGUAGAUGUCGAUGUCCCUCGUUUCCGUUUGCGUGGAGAACUGGAUGAGCGCUCCAGCAGUGACCAGUCCUGUGACACAGUCAUCCAAAUAGACUCGGAUGGCUUGGUCCAGUCCAAAGGAGCCUCAAGACUGGCACAACCUGAAUUUGUGCCCAUCAUACCCUCUUUGCAUCCUAACAAGGCUGACAUGGAUGACCCAGAGUUUAGUGCUCUGCUCCAAGAGCUUCUGAGAAUUCCUCAGCUGCAAGGAGAGAAGAAGAACGAGGAAACUGUCCAAGGGAAUACUGAAGUGCUGAAAACAGACGUCAAGAAGCCAGGGAAGGACUGUCUUAAAUGUGACACAUUUGCUGAACUUCAAGAGCGCUUGGGGUGUAUUGAUGGGCGUGAGGCAACAAUUGAUGUGCUCCGGUCUACCUUAAAAGGCCGUUCUGUUAACAAUGUCCCAGCCAAAUCACAACCUCAAAAAGAAACAGGGAAACAGACAGACCCCGGAUCAACUGAGAAGCCACAGACAUUUUUAAAUCAGGGGUUAGGCUGCAGUCAGACCUCUGUUGCAGAAAAGCAAACAGAUGGUGCCUUCCCUGGAGACAGUUUUCAGAGAGAGGAUUCAGGCCUGUAUGACUGUGAGGAGUGCAGUGGAACCAGUUCCAGCGAAGAACUGCUAAAUCAAACUCUCAGUCGUAACAUGACCUGUCGAUCCGAUCAACCUAAAAAUGCAACCCUUAAGUCAGAAAAUAACCUCAAUUCUCAGGAUUUUGAUGUGGAUGCUCAGGGCAUGAAUGCCACCAAUUCCCUUGCACUUAAGCCUACAGGUAAACAGGAGUGUCCUGAUGCUGCUGAUUGGUUCAAACCAGACAAAAGGACCUCACCAGUUGGCAAGAGCUCCCCCAUAUCUCCUUCGUCCUCCUGCUCCUCUUCAAACUCCAUGGCUAACAGUGUUAUACUUGGUGAUGUUUUACCUAAUCGCCCUGCAGAGGACAUUAAGGAAAUGAAAGCCACUAUCACAGUAACUGUUCAACAGCCAUUGGACCAAAAAGGUCAAGAUGAACUUGUCUUCUCAAUGGUGGAGGAGGUGACCAUCAGUGGAGCACUGGACAGAGGGAGGACAGGUGGAAACAUUAUUUGUAUCAGAGACACCGCUCAAUCACAGGCACAUGUGCAAGGCUCUGCCAGUUCUCAACCAAUCAGGAUAAUUAGCAAUGUCAGUGAAGAAACUGGAGCCACAGGUUCCUCUUAUACAAACAAAAGCUCGGCAGUUCAGUCUGUAGUCACAGAGGCUAGCACUGACAAGCCCCAGCAUCAAUUCAGAAGGGAAAAGAGGUUCUUACCUUCAUUUAUAAACCCCAUGUUGAUAAAUACAGAUGUGGAUUGUGAAUUGGAUGGUGCAAAAGAAAGUCCCCAUGGCACUUUUAAAGGAGUCAGGUCGCCGUCAGAGCUCCGACAGAAUAAUGCCAAAUGUCCAGAAGACAGAGAGGCUCUUGAGAAGAGGAGUGGGGCUUUUGUUUCUGAGACAAAUCCCAAAAAGUCUAACAAAGUAAACUCACCCUUUAGCCAAAGUUCUUAUGGCCCAAUGGUCUUGAAAGACUCAGCUUUCUGUUAUGAAACUGCAGAAAACAAAAUGUGUGGAAAGAGACAGAGACAUUCAGACAAGACUAGAGAAAGGGAGCAUGUUUAUUCCACUAACACUCCAAAGGGCUCAGAGGGGGGGGGGAUCAGUUCCAGACGUGUUGGGAAUACCCCCAAGAGAAUUGGUAUUUCACCUGGUUGCCAGGAAACCGCCCCUGCUACCUUUAAAACAGGUAGUCUGCCUAGAGGCUGGCAACAUGCCAACCACCAGGACGGUUACCAUGGCACUAACAUGGCAGACAACCACAGAGACCCAAGGGGGGUGACAUCAUCCACCCCGUGUAGCCCAAGAGUAACUCUAGAGAGGCGGCAUGGCAGACAGCACUCUCCUGGGAACCACAGCCUCCAUGUCUCUUCUCCUCGGAAAUAUGGAUCCGAGUAUAAACAGCAUGCUAGUAGUGCUCCCAGAAAGGAUGUUGAAUCUUUGUUUGAGAUGCCCAAUCCAAGAAUGAAACACGUUAAUAUGAGUGGAAGGCCAAAGUCACCCGUUGAGGACAGUAGCAGGCUUUUCAAUGCCAAACUGGAGCAGCUGGCUACUAGAACUAACUCCCUAGGGAGAAUUCCAAGAGACUUCCCAGCCCUGGACAGAGGCAGUAGUAACACCUCCGUCAGCUCAAAGGGGAGCUCCAAGGGAAGUAUUGAAGGGGCUUGUAAGGGAGGUUAUAAAGGAAAUAAUGAGGGUGAUUGUACCUUGCCAAGGGCUAGCAGGAGCCCCAGGAAGAAUCCUCGGACUGACCAGAGCCAUCACUUCUUUAUUUCUGAAAAACCUGCAACUCAGUCUGCUAGGCAUACCCAUUCCAAGCUCUCUGCUGUGGGGAAACUUAAGAUGGCUAGCCCCAAAGUCCGUCGACUGUCUGCUCCCAGCAUCAAGAACCUCAGUCUUCCCCACAAAGGCCUGCAACAGUCCCUCAACCGCAGCGCCAGUCUUUCUCCAGAUAGUAAAACCGUUAGCUUUGAGAGGACAUCGUCCUUUAUGUCCUCUUCCCCUCCAAGAUCUUUUUACUCCAUUAGUCGGACUCCGAGCCAGAGCUCCACAUGCUCAUCCACAAAAUCUGCCAUCCAAGGAUUUGUCAAUGGCCGGUUCUCAGACCUCCUUAAGGAAAGGGCCUCCAGCCCUACAGCAGGAGGACUGGACCAAAUGACUGCAAUUCCCUCACCAUACAGUCAGGUGACUGCUCCUCGCACCCCUGAUCACCUGAGUGGGCAUGCAAGUGACACCACCAGUGUGUUGAGUGGAGAUUUGCCACCAGCUAUGGGGAAGACAUCGCUGAAUUUCUCAAACAGGAACAGUAUGGUGAGCAGUGGAUAUGACAGCAUGGUGAGGGACAGUGAAGCCACAGGCAGCGACAGAAGCAGCUCUCUUCUCAGUGUUGCUCGAAGCACCCGGUCAUCUCGGAGGAGAGGCAACACAGGUACCCACCAGCGUCGUCUUUCCCAUGAUACACCGCUGUCCCUGAGAUGCUCGACUAGCGGUCUACGGUCUGGCUGGGUGGAUCGGGGAAUCCCAGAGGCCUAUGAGAUCAAGGUCUAUGAGAUCGACAAUGUGCAGAGGAUGCAGAAAAGAGCAGGUGCUGGCAAACAGGGGCCUGCAUGCUUCAGUGCCAAGCUAAAGUUUUUGGAGCACCGUCAGCAGAGGAUCUCAGAGGUGCGAGCCAAAUACAGCCACCUGAGGAGAGAGCUAGAGAAGGCCAAACACAACCUCAUGCUGGAGCCUACCAAGUGGAACCAAGAGUUCGACCUCUGGCAGACCUUCGAGGUGGACUCCCUGGAGCAUCUGGAGGCCCUCGAAGUGGUGACAGCCCGGCUGGAGAACAGGCUCAGCCUCUGCAAGGCAAAUGUCAUGAUGGUCACCUGCUUCGACGCCGGCACAAGGAGACGACAUAAGAAGCGACGCCGAAAAGCUCCAGAGCAUAGAGCCUUGAAGGGAAUCAGAGUUGAGUUAUAG